AUGGCCGUACACGAGACGGCAUUGACGAAGCUCUUCCGCAGCGACUCGCUGCAGGCGGUGCUGCGCUGGCAUGAAGAGGGGCAGAAGAGGCUCUCCAUCGGCCUCGAGUUGGAGUGCUUUCUGCCGGAUCUCUCGGCCUUGGUGGCAGAGCGCCUGGUGCCCUUACGGGAUCCUUUGGUGUCAGCCGAAGCUUGCGACUGGGGCCGGCUUUGGACGACCACUGCAGACGGUAAGAACCCCUUCCCGGUGGAGCUGGUGUCAAAGAGGAGCUUCUUCUCUGUGGAGGAGGUAGCCGCAAUCUUGAAGGUCUACUUGCGCUUCGAGCCGGUUAUCAAUGAGCUUUUCCUUCCGGUGACACGGCAGCGCAACCGAUUCUGCCGGGACCUGCGCGAGGUCCUGGGUCGCGCACAGGGCUUGGGCCCGGCUGCCUCGGAUCAGGAGCUCUUCGCGAAGAUCGAUGCGGCCGUGGCCUUUGUGAGAUCUCUGAGCCCCGAGGCUCGAGCAGCCUGCCUGGAGGGCGCGCGUGCCCGCCUAACAAAGGAUGAGCUGCUUCUGGGCCUUCUGGGAGAAGGCGGGCUGUGGCGUCUGAAGCGUCCCCUGCAAGCCAAGCUUGAGCAAAGCGGCAAGCAGAGCCAAGUGCUGCUUCCCGCAGGCGUGGCUCUCGUAGAGCUGGCCUCAACUGACGGCCGCCUCCUCUGGAGGCCUCCAACCUGCAAAGACCUGCAGCUCCUCUGGGGCAAGGAGGGCGACGCGCCCUCGAAUCCGAGUGCCGCAGCCGAGCCACCAACUCCUUGGACGGCGCUGGAGAGUUUGAGCGACGAGACGGAAGUCCUGGCGUCUUUUCGCAAGCCGGAUGACGUUCCGAUUGCGAGUCUGGAGCACUGGCUGCUGAGGGACCUUUUGAUCAUGGAGCGCCACGGCACGCGUUACUGCAAGCUGAACAUCAUGCGCAUCGCCCAGCCGAGCGAGCGCGCCACCAUCGAGUUCCGGCAGUUCCCAGGUGGGGACUUCAACCAACCCCUCCUCAUCUGGGGUUGGGUCAAGUUCCUUGGGCUCUUGGUCACCCACGCCUGCGCAUGCGUGCCCAGCAGCGGUGCUGGUGCUGAGUUGCCUACGGAGGGAUCUGAAGAGGAGCUCAAGCGCUUUCUCCGGCUUUCAUCUGAUAGCCUGCUCGGGGCCUGGUUUCGAGAUCUGAGAAACCGGCUCCCUAAGCCCAGCGUGGCGUUGCAAGCGAUGAAAGACGAGUGGAGUCGCCUUUGGCUGUCCUGGGCGCGCGCAAAUGCACGGCUGUCUGAGGACGCGGGUUUUCACGACAGGGGCUGGAGCGUUUUCUCAAAGGCCUGGCGGCGAAUCUUCCAAGCUGCGUCGGGCAUGAAAGCCGUCUUCCCAUCCACGGACCCUGUUUGGGAGCCUUUGUCGCAGCGGCGCGGGGAGUGCGAAGCGUACAUGCAGCAUCUGUACCAAGCCGUGGCGCUACAUUUGAGAUACCACGUGCGCCUGCUACGUGCGGCAGAGGAGGUGAGCAGACUUGGGUCCGUGUCCACCAUUGUUUAUACUGUGCUGUCAGACGGGCGCUUGCGCAGAAGCAAUUCUGAGAUGAGAGAGCUGCAAGCCACGGUGCUGGAGUCUCUGGGAUGGAGUGCCUGCCCUUCAGACCUUGCUGCCACAGUCGCAGAUCUCGGGCGACAAGGGGCCGAGUUAACCCUGGACUACGCAAGGAACUUGCUGGAGAAAUGCGAAACAGCCUGCGUCUGGUCUUCACCUGCAAAGAGGCUCUGCGAUGGAAGCUCCGAUGCAAUGCAGGUUGAGAUGCAGAUGGCUCAGGAUGAGCAGCCUUUGCAAAGAUCUGAAACAAUUACGGGGCAGCAACCUACAGAAGUUCUUGGAUCACGCCUGCCCCAGCUGCUGGUAUGGAGGGUAUACCACGAGCUUGUGCGCUGGUUGCUGCUUCCGCGCGUCGACGAAGUUACACACGUCUGGGCUGGGUUGGAACAGCGAGGAUGGGAUGCGGAACGUGUGGACUCCCUGUGGCUCCGCAUGCGAGGGACGCGUUGCCUUGUGAAGCGAGCGCGGCCACAUGACGUCGUGGACAGCUAA